AAAGCUUAGCGAUUAGCCGCCCUAAGUUUGAUUUCUAUUAUUAUUAGGGUUUCUUGGAUUGCAAUUUCUCAAAGAAAUCAAUGGAUGCAAAGAUCGGCAAGUUCUUGGAUUCGAUAGGCAACUUCUUCACCGGCAGCGAUACUAUUCCUUGGUGCGACUCCGACAUUGUUCUUGGUUGUGAGCGUGAGGUUGCUGAAGCUGAGAAAGAUUCUUCUGAUGAACGCAAAAGUGAGUGUCUUCUCCGCUUAUCAUGGGCUCUUGUUCAUUCAAAGCGACCUGAAGAUGUGCAACGUGGGAUAGCCAUGCUCGAAGGUUCGUUGCCUAGCACUAGCGACCCGUUGCAAAUGAGAGAAAAGAUGUAUCUACUUGCUGUUGGGUAUUAUCGAAGUGGGGACUACACGAGGAGCAGGCAUCUUGUUGAUCGCUGCUUGGAGAUUGUACCAGACUGGAGGCAGGCAAUAACUCUGAAGAAAUCAAUUGAAGAUCAUAUCAAGAAAGAUGGAGUGAUUGGUAUAGGCAUUGCUGCCACGGCUGUUACGGCUGUUGGCCUUGUGGCUGGAGGACUUGCAGCUGCGCUGUCGCGAAAGAAAUGACCAAUCCGUGUGAUGUAAUGUGAAUGUGCAUAACAAAACAAAUAUUUCCUUAUAUCAACCAAACCAAACCAAACAAACAGGGGAUUCGGAUUGGUUUGCUUUGCUUUCUUUUGUUAUCUUGUGUUUCGUUUACCUCAAAACCCGAUCCUUGAGGAGGGGGUUGUGAUGUGAUAACCGGAGAAAUGAGACUCUUUCUUUGCGAGCCUUUUCUUUUAUAUUUUUAGUAAUGGUUUGACAAGCAUGCAUAUUAAAGACAGAUUCCAAGUA